CAUGGUAAGAUUGCCGCUGCAGAUAGAUAGCUCUUAUCUGGGCACCUUCUACCGACUAACGGCUUCUCGUGAGCAACGUGAACUAACCCACGAACUGGAUUGUAAAAAGGGUUUGAACUUUAGGUUUUACCAAACCUUCUUUUGUGUUUUCAUGACUGGUGGGUCUCUGUGCCAACUCUUUUCUCGUUACAAAGAAACCUUUCCACUUUCCCAUUCUCUCUUUGCUCCUUCAAGGCCCACUCGCCACGUGUUUCUCAUGGGUAUCUCUGCUUUAUUGCAACUGUUCUGAACCAGAUUCCCAAGAACCGUUUCCUUCUGCUCCUUCUGAGCUUCUCUGAUGAUGGGGUUUCGGUUUUGUAUCGUUUGCAACGAGUAAUGGACUGAGAAAGACUGUUUUUUUUUUUUUUUUUAUGAUGGGUAGUAAUGAGAUUGAACAUUUGUCUGAAGAUGUGUUAGAUAGGGGUUUUGAAUUUGAUAGUCAGCAGAAGAAAGAUCUCAAGCAAAUGGAGAUAGAGUCUCAGGGUGAGAAGUUUUAUGGAGCUUCUUCUGAGGAGGACGAGGAUGUGAACAAGUCAUUGCCGCAAGUUGCUUCUUCAUCAAGAAGAGGUUUGGAACAUUGCAUCACGGCCCCUGUUGGAACUGAGAGGAACCCACUUAUAGUUGAUGAUGACAUUUUUCUUUCUAGAUCAACAACAGGAAAGUGGGAAUUCCCUAGGCAGGACACAAUAUUGGACAGGCUGUCUGAGAAGGUGAAGCAACUGAUUACUAACCUAGUGAAGAUACAAAAUGAUGGCACUGUUGAAGUUGAUAUAGAAAUGAGUGCAUCUGUUGCUCCAGAAUUGUUAGAGCUCCAAUCUUUUGCCAAGUCAACAAUGAGAGAAAGUCUUAGUUCAGAGUCAAAAAAAUCUGUUCCACGGUUACAAAUUGUCAUACUUGUGGUUGGAACUAGAGGCGACGUACAACCUUUUCUGGCCAUUGCAAAGAGACUUCAGGAGUAUGGUCAUCAUGUUAGGCUGGCAACUCAUGAUAAUUUUAAAACAUUUGUGAAGUCAGCUAAUGUAGAUUUCUAUCCUCUGGGUGGUGAUCCUCGUAUUUUGGCUGGAUACAUGGCAAGGAAUAAAGGUUUAAUCCCUUCUGGACCGGCUGAAAUAUCUGUCCAAAGAAAGCAGCUGAAGGCCAUCAUUGAUUCCCUUCCUCCAGCAUGCACAGCACCUGAUAUGGAAACUGGUGUUCCUUUCAGAGCUCAAGCUAUUAUCGCCAAUCCUCCUGCUUAUGGACAUGUACAUGUUGCUGAGGCCCUUGCGGUGCCCCUCCAUAUCUUCUUCACAAUGCCAUGGACGCCAACAUAUGAGUUCCCCCACCCUUUGGCACGUGUUCCUCAAAGUGCCGGUUAUUGGCUAUCCUAUAUAAUUGUGGAUCUACUAAUAUGGUGGGGAAUGCGAAGAAUUAUCAAUAACUUCAGGAAAACAACUCUGAAGCUUGCUCCUAUUGCAUACUUCAGUAUGUACCGUGGAUCAAUAUCUCAUUUACCGACUAGCUAUAUGUGGAGUCCUCAUGUUGUUCCAAAACCUAGUGACUGGGGCCCAUUAGUUGAUGUUGUUGGUUAUUGUUUCUUGAGCCUUGCUUCAAAGUAUCAACCUCGGGAAGAUUUUGUCCAAUGGAUUAAAAAAGGACCACCUCCUUUAUAUUUUGGGUUUGGGAGCAUGCCUCUUGAAGAUCCUAAAGGAACAACAGAUGUUAUAUUGGAGGCACUAAAAGAUACAGAACAACGGGGAAUUAUUGACCGGGGUUGGGGCAAUCUAGGGAAUUUGGCAGAACUUUCUGAUAAUGUUUUCCUUCUGGAGGAAUGCCCUCACGAUUGGCUGUUUCCUCAAUGUUCUGCUGUGGUGCAUCAUGGUGGAGCUGGAACCACGGCUACAGGAUUAAAAGCUGGGUGUCCGACAACCAUAGUUCCAUUCUUUGGUGAUCAGUUCUUUUGGGGAGAUAGAAUAUAUGAGAAAGAAUUGGGACCAGCCCCAAUCCCAAUAUCUCAGCUCAAUGUAGAGAAUUUAUCAAAUGCCAUAAGAUUCAUGCUCCAGCCAGAGGUGAAAUCUCGAGCAAUGGAAAUUGCUAAGUUGAUUGAGAAUGAAGAUGGUGUUGCCGCUGCGGUUGAUGCAUUCCAUCGCCAUCUGCCUGAUGAACUGCCACUCCCAACUCCAACUCCUACUCCAGUGGAGGAGGAGGACCACUUGAAUCCUUUGCAGUGGUUUUUCCUCCGACUUGGAAGGUUCUGUUGUGCACCUUGUGGUGGUGUGUAGGUUUUCUGCAUUAAUUUCUUUUUCAUUUUCGUUAAUUCAUUGUAGAAUAGAUUUUGUAGGUUGCACAGUGUUUUGCUUUGGUAUUUCAUUCAUUCUGUCAAGUCUCUAGCGUGAGGGCUUGACUAACAGUUAAUAUUGAGUAUUGUGUAUAUUUGAUUCCCCCCCGGAUAGGUUCUAUGAUUAGUGAUAGAUUAAGAGAUAUAAAGAGUUGGGUAACAUCAUACAUGUAGCGGCUGCUCCAAAUACUUUGCUUCUGUGAGUUUUCAAAUUUGAUAGUUGAUAUAUUAUCAUGCUAGAAUUUUGUGUAGAUUGCCUUUUUUUUUUUCCACCUACUAAUUUAUUUUGAGCUUUUCAAA